GCAGGGUGUCCGUGGGCCGUUCCCACACCCCACGCCAGCGGCGAGGGGCCGAGCCUGCGGCUGUGGGAGGCUGCCCCGCCCCCGCGGCGCUUUAAAAGCCCACCCGCCGCCCGGCCCCGCGGCCGCGGAGAGACGAGUCGUGAAAAGAUCAAGAGGCGACAGUCAAGAUCACACGGGGAAAGAGCACAGAAACGCAGUUUUGCAAAAAGUCUGUGAUAACUGUGAUCAAGAAACAAUUGCAUCACUUGCUUUCUGUUAGUCUUUUGCAAUAAAACUGCUUUGUAGUGCGUGCCAUCUUCUGUGAAAUCCACGCGAAUAGACGACGCUGAAGGAGUGCAGUAAACUGAACCUGUACAGCUGUAUUCGUUGAGAAAGGCUGAAGACAGUUUGAGCCAUGGCAAGCCAGGACUUAAUGGCGAAAAAAAGAGAAUGUCUCCAGGCCUACAGCUGGUGGAGAACACCACAGAAGAAACGGAAGAAAAAGAACAAAAUAAAACCAGGAAGAAUAGAGUUUGUCCCUAGUAGUACUUCAGGGACAAGACCAGAUUAUUCGAUAUUUGUUGGAGAGCUUACUCCAGAAGUGGAUGACUUCCAGCUCUAUGACUAUUUCCUAAAGAGGUACCCCUCGUGUAUUGACUGCAAAAUAGCAACAGACCUGCUGGGAUAUUCCAGAGGGUAUGCCUUUGUCAGAUUUGGUGAGCAAGGUGAUCAGAUGAGGGCACUGCAAGACUGCCAGAAUGCACCAGGUCUGGGGGGAAAACGAAUCCGGCUGAGCAUAGGAAUUUCUAAAAGACUGAAAGCAGAAUUCCAGCGGUACCAGUCGUACAACUAUAAUGAUUAUUACCAAGAUUAUCAGAACUACUACUCACAGUGGGGUUAUGAUCCUUACGCUGAAUACAACUACAGCUCCUAUACUCCCUAUGAUAGCAUGCAAGCUGUUGGAGACUGCUCUUUAGGAGAUGCUGUUAUGACUCCAGCUGUUUUUGAGGAAACUUCAGCUAUGACUGAAAUCAAUGAUGAUCUAAUAACUGAAGAUCCACAGCUUUACUUGGAUGUUGAUGAAAUGAACAGACAAUUUAUGGAGACAAGUGAAGAACUCUAUGAUUCCCUCAUGAAUUGUCACUGGCAACCUCUGGAUACGGUCACUUCUGACAUCCCCCCUGCUAUUUAAGUGUCUUAUAUAGCAUGACCGUUAUGACCAAGGUGCUAAAAUUACAUUUCUUCUACAUUACUCUAGAUCAUAAGUUUUAAAGCACAAUGAUAGGUUGGGUUUUUUUUGCUAUGCUUUUGACAGUUUCUGUAAUCUUUUUUUUUGUUCAUCACCCUACUCUUGGAGCAUCUUGAAAUCAUGUAAAUAUUCUAGAAAUGUAAAGAGUUCAAUGGGGUCUAAAGAUAGACUUGCCUGUGUAAAUAAAAUUUUGUUUCUGCAAACCUGCCAGCAAGGGAUUUUACUUACAUGUGUGAAGCACAUUCUCUUCUGGCUUGUGGAAUUUAGCUGGAGGCAGUAGGAGUAUUUCACCUGUCUUUGGUAUGGGCAUCAGCAAAAACUUGCAAAAUUAGCUCUCAUGUAUUUCCAAGUUACCUAGGCAAUCUUAGAAGCUCUUAACAUGCUUGCUUAAAUUAUAUGUGCAUUUGGGAGCUGCUCCCAGGGUUUACUGUGGGAACACAUGGGUCCACUCUCUCCUGCGAUCUGCUGGUGCUAACUGUACUACUAUUGAUCUGCUAGGUCAGUUAAAAUACUGUAUUGAUAAAGCAAUUCUAAACACACAGAAGGGCAAACUUUCAGCUGCCAUAGCCGCAAACAUUGCGAAGACUAAGGAUGAUUCUUACUAAGGAUGAUUCCUACUGACAGCUUUAUUCCUGCCCUCCUUCUUAGCCUUCUCAAAUGACACUUUACAGCAAAGAAACUGGUGUAACAAUACAUGUUCUUAAACCUAAAAAUCCUUGGAGAAUAUAACUUUCUGGUUUAAAGAAGGAAAAAUAACCCAUUGGGAACAAAAACCUGUCCUACUAACAACUUCAACUAAGUUGCACCCUAUCCUAAACAUCUGUAAUUUGUUCAGUCUUCAUGUUUAGGAGUUUUGUAGUGAUGAGGUUAUAAAAUUUUAGUAGGAUGACAGUUUUCAGUAUUCAAGUCAAAGGAGAUUAGGGGAGAUAGCAAUGAGGAAAGUUUUGCUUUCAGCUAGCAACUUCUGAGUGGCAUUCUCUAAUCUGUUCUCAUCUUGGAGGGUAUAAAGUAUUUCCAGUCAUAGGGACUACUUAAGCCUGUGUGUAUGCAAAAGCAUUUACUAAUUAACAUAUAUAAUGAUAAAAUAAGUUAGGCCGGAAACAGAAGAAUACUCUUUCAAGAAAAAAGGUAGCAGAAAUUAUCAUAGCUGUGGAAGCCACUAAAGCUAGUCAAGAUGCUUUGGUACUGCCAUGUGUGUUUUUGGGACAAUCUAAACCAUAAUUGCUGUGAUGGCAGAUAGGAAUAAAGUUCUCUGGCUUUUUUAUGGCUUAAUGUAAUUAAAGUGAUGGUCAUAACCUAUAUGCUGUUCUUUAAAUUUAAAACAAAUACUGUAUUGCAGAGUGAUGACUUGGGGCUGGCAGGUCAUUUCUAGCUGCUGACCAGAAUAUCCUGCCUUUCACAUUUUAAUUUCAGCUAGGGAUAUUUUCAAAGUCCUGCCCAUGAAAUGCAGAUGCUUUAAAACAGAAGAGGUUUCUGGAGUACUGCAGGAAGUUUAUUCUUCCUGGAUUUUGUGCAGAUGUGCAUGUAGGAAGAGACAAAGCCAAAAACCUCAUCUAGGCAAGGGGGAGUAGCAUCACAGUUUAAGCAACUGUUUCCCUGCUUUGGGGAGAGCUAGCUGCAAGGUAGCUGGGAACAUAGAUUUCUUAGGUGAACAUUUCCCUUAGGUGAACUGGUGAGUCUUUGGAGGGUAAUGGUAGGUAGAUUAUUAAGGAUAAUGUGACAGAAAGUGGAAUAAAGGAAGCAAAGAGAAUCUGGGUGGGAAAAGGGGUGCUUCUGUGCAUGUAUGGAAUCUUCAGGGGACCGCAUUAGGGAGGAAACUCAACAUAGUGGAUGCAGGCCCUUUGAAUUUGGAUAGGAGUGUUAAAGCUUCAAAACUGUACAGGAUUUGAUGCCCCUUCAGUUGUAGUGCAUAGCUGUGGUGCUUGAACUUGGUAGUACAAACUGAUCUGCUAAGCAAAGGGUUUUGUAUCUAGCCAGUACCAUCACCACAAGCAGCAAGACAGCUUCCGGGUCUUGCCUGGGUUAUAUCCUGCUUUGAAGUGGCUUGUGUAGCAUUACCUAACGCUGUACUUAAGUUACAGCAAGUAAUUUGUGGAAACCUUUUAUUGUAUCAGUUAAAAAUGGGAUGCUAAGGAUGUGUGUUGGCUCAGCAGAAAUACUAUGGAGUAUCUAUGCUGUUUUUUGGCAUUUGGGAGGUUGAUCUAUGUGUGAACUGUGUAGUGAGGGACCCACAUAGCUAUGUGAUUUCACUUAGUCUGACACUGUAUCACCACAGUACAUAAACCUCAAAAAGUCACAGUCUGUAGCCACCCCCUUUAUGCAGAUUUUUUUUACCUGUUAACAAGGUCUCUGUGCUCUGCAUUAGAGAGCAUUUUCAGACAUGCAUGCGCCUUCUAUUCCAGACUGUGAAGUACCCACAUAGUGAAAGUACUGUUUAUGGAAUGCAGUGGAAGAGGUUGGUUGGGCCAUUAGUUCUCCAAAGCUGAGAAAUGUUGGGGGUGUAUUUUCUUCUAGUCCAGAAAAAUGAGGUGAGGAAGAGAGCGUGUUAGUUUCAGCCCAUGUGAUGUUGUUCUAAAAUAGGUCUCUGACCUCCUUUUCUGUCUCCUGAGCCUUACUAGCCUAUUCCUCUUUUCAGCCAGGAGUGCAUGUGUGCAAUCAAGAUGGUGUGUGCAGUGCACAUUCUUUAUUGCAAAGGCAUACUGAAUGCAAAUUUUUUCCUGUACUGGUGUGUUACCUGCAAACCCCAAAUACAGGAGAGUGAGUGUGUCAGAACUGUUAGAAUGCAUUGCUGAAGCUUUUUACUGAGUAAACUUAGAACUUUACAGCUACCAGCCUAUGUUAGCUAGCUUAUGCAAAAACCUGAAGACAUCAUACAGGUGCUUGCCAUCAGUUCUACAAAGAUCUGAUUGCAGUGGGAACAUUUAAAAAAAAAAAGUCUUAGAAACAACUUUUUUGACACCAUAUUUCACUUCUAGUUGUGUUUUGUCUCUGUUUCAUCCAGCUGAAAUGUAGGGGGUUUUUUUAAGCCUGAUGAAGGUGGUUUUUUUUAAUUGCAAGAAUAUCUAGUCAUGGUUUUAUAAACUCUUCAUUGCACGUGCAACAGAUAGUGCCUUUACUCAAAGCCCAUUAAUUUCUUCAAGAAAAGUGUUUUUGUUUCCUAUCACCUCUCUGAACAGAAAGGCUUUAGUAGAUGGUUUGAGGGGCUACUAAUUCUAGAGACAGUGAACAGGGAGAAACAGGCCAAAAAGGGUAAAGAAGUACUUAAAAGGGUACAAAAAGGUUAAAUGGUACUUAAGCCAUGAAUGUUUCUUUUUGCAGGGAUGCUUUUGGACCAACAGCUUCUUUCUAGCGCUACCUCAAAGUAACUUGCAGAUAUAACUCACAGGGAAGAUUGAUCAAAUGGUGAUGAUCCCUAUCGUUCUGCUGGAUAUAUAUAUAUUUGCCUUUUGUUUUGUUUCAUUUUUAAUAACUUUUAUUUAACUUCAGUGACUCAUGUCAAUAGACAUUGUUUGACGACAUCAAUGAGUAUUUCUGAGUCAUGAGUGUCAUUAAAGGCAUGUCACCAUAUGGAAAUUGUUCUAAAUAAGAAAAAUGGAAGUAAAAUAAGUAAAUAAAGCAGCACUUGAAUUUACAGAGCAAA